UUCAGAUGAAAGAGAAGAAAAUGGCAGAAACAUCCAAAAAAUGUAUUCAGUUUUUAGAUGCCAAAUCUAAUAAAUUAUACAAGUGUUGUUUAUCUCCCGAAGAUGCUCGGCGAGCAUCAACAGAUAUGGUAUUUGCCCAGCAUAUCUUUAACGGAUUGAUCCAUGAGGAAAAAAUAAAGGCAAAAAUAAAUUUUAAUGAAGACGAUUUCGAAAAAGACAUUUCACCGUUGCAUGAAAGUACUAAUAGGUCUCAUAACAUUGAUAAUGCAGUAUCAUCUCAAGUCUCAGGUCGUGAAGGAAUGACUAAUUGGACGCAGGAGCAAACAUUGCUUUUAAUAAAUAUAUACAGGGAAGAAUAUUUAAAGAUAGGUAAUGGUAAAAUGCUAUUACGAAAGUUAUGGCAGCUGGUUGCUGACAAAAUGAGAGAAAAUGGUUAUAACAUCCCAGCGACCAAAUGCGCCACUAAAAUGGAUACUCUAAAACGCCAGUAUAAAAAGGUCUUUGACCACAAUAAACAAUCGGGAAAUAAUUUAAUGACUUAUAAGUAUUUUGACGAACUGGACGAGAUUUUCAGAAAGCAACCAUGGAUAACACCGGUCGCGAUUGCGAGUUUCGAGUUACAAGAUUCAACAUUUGAAAAUAUAGAUGAGCGUAAUUCGUCCUCAGAUAAGUGUGCUGUGUUCAUAGGAAUAGAAUCUGAAAUAUGAUAUGUAUAAUAUCUAUAAUUAAUAUGUGCUUUCUAAAUUUAUAGACACAGGAAAACGGAAAAGAAACGUAAUUCUGAAAGAUAUCCUAGAAGAAAGAAAAAAUAAAACAGCAAAAACGGAAGUAUACAGAAAUGAAAAGCUGUCCCUUAUGAAGAAACUAAUUCAAACGUUAAAAAAAAGCAAUGAAGCGGAUUGCUGAUUUCCGGUUACUUUACCUGAUCCUAAGAGGUGAGACACAUGAGUAAAAGCACUAUACCUACGCGAAAUUGCGCGAAAUCAAAAGUUCUUGUUGGAAGUUGCUGAACCAAGAAAACAGUAAAAAAGGCCCAUAUAAAAUAUAUUUGUAACUUAUUUGCUUGAUUUCAUACAUUUUUUUUAUUUUUAUUUGUUUUUUUG